UACCUGUGGUGGUCAGCGGCUGUCGUCAAUCAACACAACAUAAUAAAAUGGCGGCAGAUUUUGAAGACAUCACAGCAAAUCUACCAACUUUACAAUUUGAAGCUGCUCUGGCGCCGCAGGAAAAGGAGCUACUGUAUUUACGGGCUCGAAGUCAUGCGUUGACCUCAUCCGUUUGUGCUCAAGCGGCGUUUCUUGUGGCAGUUAUGAAUGAUGCAAGGCAGAAGAUUAUAGAACAAAAAUCUCCUACCAAGAAAAAGUCAUCUAAGUUUCUUCAAGAGGCACCAAAAAGAGAUCCCUUGUUCAUUGGCAUUAUUGGUUGUGGCAGGUUGGGAAAGCAGCUUGCCAACACACUUUUAAAAUUCUCUGAUGUGCAGCCAGAUGAGCUGUUUAUUUCAACCCGUCGACCUGAAACCCUGUCCUCACUGCAGAGCAAAGGAGUGCACUGUGGCUUUGAUAAUCCAAGGGUCUGUGCUACUGUGGACCUUCUUUUCAUAGCAUGCCUUCCAUCACAAUUCUCCACUGUAGCCAAGGAAAUCAAAGGUCACUUGGAGUGCCCAGUCUAUGUUCUUGUUGGAGCUUUACCACUUGCAAGAGUAUGCCAAGUGCUUGAGUAUGAUCAAGUCAUUAAACCCGAACUUUCCUGGGAUAACAGCAAGCAAGACUUUUCACUAAAAAACUGCAGCAAAGAUGUCAUUGAAAUGCUUGGAGACCCAGCUUACUGUGAGAUGACAUGUCCUCUUCAAUUAGACCUGGAUGAUCCCGUAGUUCAGACAGACGCCCAGUGGGGUGUUAUUGCACUGUUCAUGUUCAUCAACAUGUGCACAAUGAAAGGGUUGGUGAAGGCCGAGGUGGUCAGAUUUUGUAACACCAUUGUCCUGGGUUGGGGCCCCACGGACAACAUGGGCGACGCGCUUACCGUAGCUGAUGUCAUGGCAGAUGUGCCAAUCUUCGCGAUGAAGGAUGACCUUAAAAAUGAUGAGUGUUUUCCAUUGUUUGACCUUGGUCUUGUAAGCAAGCGGGAGAGUAAUGUGGGUAGAAGACUUACCCAGUUGGACGGGGUCGUAAGACGGAUGUUCAUCAAGAGAUACAAGGCUAUUUUUGACAAAUUCCAGUACUGGAAAGGAAUUUCUACGAACUGAGCUUAUUCAGCAUCUGAGCAGGGGUCUAUAUGACGUUGAUUGCUACAAUAACAUAGUCCAAACAAUAGCCAACAGAUAUUAAAAAGGCAUUACGAAUGAGUUGGGCGUAUAAAUAUAUGAAAAACAAACUCAUUUCUGUAUUGUUGUCUAUUUUCUCGGCAGGAAAGCCGUACUGGGAGGUUAUAAUAAUUUGGGCGGUAGGUUUAGAGAUGUUUACUUUUCGCUUGCUGCAACAAAAGAGAGCAAGUGUUUUUCUUAAAGUUAAUGCUUCGUUAUUUUAACUAAGCCAAGGGUAUAUUUGACAUAUUUAAUUUCUCGGCGUAACAGUAAAAAGAUUUAACAAAAACUACGAUGGAAAACUGUGCAUGAUGUGCGAAAAGAUCUUGUUCACUUGUCCUUUUAUCGUCUUAAGGACUCACUGGAGCCUUAUUAAGAGAGUUUUUUAAACACCUUAAGCAAACAUGAUUAAGCCAUCAAGAUCAAACAAAUAGCAAUCCGAUCCAUAUCAAUUCGGCAUUGGUAACUUCAUCUAGCCCAUUUACCUCAUUUUUUUAACAAAUGCUUUCCCUAUCCCAAGCCUGAAAGAUACAGUAACAUGGCUACUUUUUUGUAGCGAUCUUGGAGCAAAAUUUCAGUGUUUUAAACAUCAAAAAAGGUUGCCAGGCCAACUGGAAACUUCCCCCGGUAACCCCAAAUGAGUACUCUCUCGAUACAGUAGCAUGCGGCAGCUGUACAACUGCAAUUUGGCCAACUCGAGUUCAGAUGAGCUCUACUUAGCCCUUUUGAGGACAUCUUUCCAGGUGGGGUCUUCUAACGGCGCAUGUAUUUGUGCAGCAAGCUUUAGCUCGACGACAUGUAUCCUCCCAGUAGAAUGGCUUUCUGAAAGCGUACCCUCUAGUAAACUGUCCAAUCACAUUUAAGCGUAGCCCAGGCUUCGUUAAAAACUAGGACCAGGCUGGAACUUUUGUUUUGCAUCAGGAAAGCUUAACAUUUGAGGAUCUACGUCUUUAACAAAGACUAUGUAACAUGGGUGCACCUUAACUGAAGGUUGAACUUAGGCAUGUAAUGUACCGACGUGGGGAUAUCUACUUGAAGCUAAAGGCUCCUUUAGGAGGGGAUAAGUCCCCAAUAUUGCUAAAAAAGACACGAAAUUCGAGUGUAAACAAUCCAGUAGAUUUAGUACACUUUGAGUAUUCUAAUAGGUUGCCUCUAUCAGCCAUCCUUUCAAUUUCGCUAAUGAAACCCUACAUUUUCAUAUCCUACAUACAAGAAGUAGUUUGGAGUGGAAGAGGGUUGUUGAAUGUGGUCACCCCAAUAAUACUUUACCAUCAAAAAGAGUAGUGUUGAACGCUUGCAUUAUCAGAAAAAAAAAAAUUUUUAGAUUGCCUGUGCUUUUUGUUUUCUAUAUAAUAUAUAUAUAUAUAACAUAACAUACAUAUACACAUAUAAAUAUAUAUAUAACAAAACUCAGGCACCCCGUUAUGUUAACUUUUAUGUUUUAUGUUUUAUGCUAACUUUUGCCGCCAUGAGAUCGCCGGUGUUUGAAACGUUAGCAACACUUGUCAAAA